UCUGUUCAGGAAGCGACCCCCGCCAGCCCUCUCUCUCUCUCGGUAUCUCUGUGUUUGACUGUGUUUUUGUGAUUGGUGAACAGGUUUCUCUUCCACAGACCACAGGCAGCAUCGUCUUUUAAACAGAGGAAUUUUUUUUGCUCUGGGUUCUCUGCAAGUCUCCGGCCAAUCACUCCCCUCUUCAGGAAAUGCUAAAUGACUCCGAGCUUUAGUUGCAAUGCUGCUGGCAAGAACGAGCUCCAAAAGAUUCAUUUGCAGUGGAUUUUUAUUGAGGGAAGCCAUUGUUUGUUGCUUGGUUUUCAUUGGCCAACCAUGCCUUGGCUACAGUUUUUCUCUUGCCAUGAAUCCUAGCAACAGAAGAAACUACUGCCAAAAUUGCUUUGCACAACCAAGAAUCAAAAGGUUUGUUAUGCAUAGCCAAAAUUUCCACCAUCGCUCAGGGAGUCAUUUCCGUCAUUUUUAUCAUUCAACCAAAGUUGCAAGUGGGGGAACCUAUUCGGUUCUUCAAUCUAGUUGCCUACAGCACUGGUUUAAAAAUUGGCAGGAACUAAGAAAGCAUAAACUGACCGCAAGCACUUUUGGCGGAGCUGUUGGGUUCUGGCCACGCCGAAGAGUCCAGCUCUGGCUAGAAAAGCUUGGGGCAAUUGAGCCUUUCACUGGCAACCUUGCUACCUGUUGGAACAAUAUAAAGGAAGAGGAAGCACUUGAAAGGUAUAAGCUGAUAACAGGAAACAGUGUCUCUUUUCCUGAAUUUCAGAUCUAUGGUACGAAGAGUCGUGAAGAUGAAUGGCUUGCAGCUUCACCUGAUGGGGUGGUUGACCAGAUUGUUUAUGGUUUACCUUCCCGUGGGGUGCUGGAGAUCAAGUGCCCAUUUUUUGGUGGUGACAUGCAGAAGGCUUUCCCGUGGAAACGAAUCCCUCUUUAUUGCAUUCCACAAGCUCAGGGAUUAAUGGAGAUAUUGGACCGGGACUGGAUGGAUUUCUAUGUCUGGACUCCUAAUGGAAGCAGUUUAUUCAGAUUAAACAGAGAUGUAGAGUACUGGAACCUUCUGAAGGUGGCUCUAUCUGAUUUUUGGUGGGAGCAUGUCCAACCUGCAAGGGAGCUCUGCAGCAAGUCUCAGAUCGCAGAUCCUCUUACUCAGUUGAGAUCACUCAAGCCAACACCAAGGCAUGAACUGUGUGCCGCCAUUGUUUAUGCUAGCAAAUACCUCGUUGAUGAUUCCAAGUUAUUAAUGCGAGAAAUUCAUGGAAAACUUAUAAACUGAGAGUGGAAUUUAUUUCAUUGGGACUAUCAAGCAACUACCUAGCGGAGAAGAGAGAUGGCAAGUUGGAUUGGGAAUGGACGGUGGGUUGUUGAGAAUAGGACAAAUGGCUUUCACCUUGUUAAUUGAAUGUGGAAUUGGCUUCUCUAUGUCAGCUACUGAAGGGUAAAAAAUCUGAUCUAUAUGAAUGGUGCAUAAGGGGCAAUGUUUCCAAUUUUUUAAAAUGGAUAAGAAGAUAGUUUAGUUGAUCUUUAUUUAAGAAUUCAAAGUUGCAUCAGCACUCAUUUGGUGGGGGGGGAUCCUUGAUGGCAAAUGAGUGUCAGGAGAAGAAGGAAUGGCAAAUGGUUUUCACCAUGUUAAUUUGAUGUGGAAUUAACUUUUUGUUUCAAGUUACUAGCUAGGGGAUAAAUAUUUAUACCAAUUGGAUGUAAUGGGCACUGUUUCCUAUUUUUGCAAAGUGAUAGGAAGAUAAUAUAUUUGCUCUCUCUAGUAGUGUUCGAAGUUGCACCAGCAGUCAUUUUGAUGGGGAGAUCCUUGAUGGGGAACGAAUAUCGGGAGUGUGAUUAUGACAGAAGUUGGAAAUUAUGGCUGUAAGUUACCCUUUGUUGAGUAAUGUUUAUCAAAACUUAUUUCUCUGCAGAAGUAUGUUAAGCUAGGUCUUGAAUUGCAUUGUACAAUUUUCCUGAUACCAUAUAAUUAUGUACAUGCGAUUGGGUGGGCUUAGGA